AGCACUUAACAGCAGUGUGUCUGCCACAACCCACUCCUCUUGACAAAGCCCAGGCUCACACUGAAAGUAGUAAAAGCUGCCAGGGUUACAGAGCAAUGACCGGUCUCAUUGAGGGAAUUGAGAAGUUCGACAGUCCCGGGAAGGGACGAGGACUCCGGGUUACCAAGGCCUUUAAAGUCGGAGAGCUCCUGUUUUCCAGCCCACCAUACUCCUAUGUGCUGUCAGUCGAAGAGAGAGGCAACUACUGCGAGUUCUGCUUCACCAGGAAAGAAGGCUUGGCAAGAUGCGGGAAGUGCAAGAAAGCUUUUUACUGCAAUGCAAAGUGCCAGAAAGGAGACUGGGCCAUGCACAAGCUGGAGUGUUCAGCUAUGAAUGCAUUUGGAGAGAACUGGUGCCCAUCAGACACGACCCGCCUUGUUGCUCGAAUCCUUGCUAAGAAGAAAAUGAUGAAAGAGCGAUGUGUAUCGGAGAAGAUGUUGCUCAUUGAAGAGCUGCAGUCGCAUUUAGAGGAUGAAGAUAAUGAAAAAAGAGAGAGAAACGACACCGACAUUGCUGCCCUCCAUCGAUUUUACCCUAAACAUUUGGAGUUGCCUGACAACAAAGACCUGCUUACACUCUACUCCCAGGUUGCCUGUAAUGGUUUUACAAUAGAAGAUGAUGAACUGUCCCACAUUGGUACUGCAGUCUAUCCAGAUGUGGCACUUAUAAACCACAGCUGUCUUCCCAGCGUCAUAGUAACGUAUGACGGCACGUCGGCUGAAGUCCGGGCGGUGCAGGACAUGAAACCUGGAGAUGAAGUUCUCAUCAGCUACAUAGACCUACUUUAUCCAACAGAUGAUCGAAACAACAGGCUGAGGGAGUGCUAUUACUUCACCUGUGAUUGCUUGGAAUGCAAAACCAAGUCCAAAGAUAAGGCAAAGCUGAAAAUUCGCAAGCAGAGAGAUCCAGUUGAGCCACACGCGGUCAACAACAUGAUCCGCUACGCCAGGAACACUGUCAGGGAAUUCAGGGCUCUAAAACAUGUCAAAACUCCUAGUGAGUUGCUGGACAUGUGUGAGCAGAGCCUGGAGAAAAUGGGAGCGGUCUUUGAUGACUCCAACGUCUACAUGCUCCACAUGACGUACCAGGCCAUGGGGGUUUGCAUUUACAUGCAGGACGCAGAUGGAGCUAUCAGAUACGGCGAGAAGAUCCUCAAACCUUACAGCAAGCUUUAUCCGCCCUACUCGCUGAAUGUGUCCUCAAUGUACCUGAAGAUGGGCAGAAUCUACAUGAAUAUGGACAGGAACUCAGAGGGCAUCAGUGCUCUCAAGAAGGCAAUGGCUAUAAUGGAGGUGGCUCAUGGAAAGAAUCACCCUUUCCUCAAAGACUUACGUAAAGAGAUUGGACAAAAGUGAAGACAACAUUGGGACUGAUUUGAUCUGAGCUUCAUGGAACUGCAGAGGCCACCAGAAAGUACUUCAAGAAUUCAAGACACCAAGAACUUUAGCAAGUUCCUCAGGAACCACGGACCAUCCACCGUACUUAAGAACUUCCCUACGUGUUCAUUACUUGUGCCCAAGAAUGCGUCAUUCUCAUUUGACCGAAGAACGACAUUCCAGCUCAUCCCAGUAAAGCUUUAGGAAACUGCAUGUUAACAUUUCUGAUGGUAGAACAUGAACUGUCACCCCAAACCAGCCAGCAGGCAUGAUAAAAACAUCAUUUAAUGGUUGUUAAGGAAACGUUUUGUUGCAGUUUUCUAACAGCGAGUUUUAGUGAUUUAUUUCUACCUCCUUGCUCACUGUGUACAGUCAUAAGAUAAAUAUGGGUCUUUGGCCAGCCUGUUAGCCAGAAAUAUUGGCUUAUGUAUCAUAUUACAGUUCUACCCCACGAAAACUUAAAGUGAUUAAUUACUAAUUCAAAUUUCCCUGGAUUUUCCCCCAGCUGGAUAACUUUACUCAAAGUAAGCAAUGGGUUUUCUACAUGUCUCACUGUGAGAUUAUGUCACUGCAAUAAAAGGUUAAUUCAUUUUAAGGAUUUAUAGAGAUCUUUAACAGAGCCAGCAAAAGAAAAAAAAAUGUAGCUGGCAUCGUAUGCUUAGCCAUUACAUAACCUUCAAAAGGUUCCUGCACUCGGUUCUACAAUGGCCUUUUGCUCGGCCUCG